GAGACCCCGGUGCACGAGGUCGCGGCCGACGACUCCACGCUAUGAAACUUCUCGUCCUCCGUCAAUCGCCGAGAAACGAACGCGCCGCCGCCGCCGCCGAGCGCGCGCAAGAGGAAGCGAGAGGACCGUUCCUCUCUCCACCUCUCUCUCUUUCGUAAAGAGUGCGAGCGCGCUUAACCUCUAAAAGCCUGCCUCGUCGUUCGUCUCUCGUUUCCGUCUCUCCUGCCGCGGUUCCCCGCGGACCCCCGUCGUCGUCGUCCGGCCCGUCGGUAAGCGCGGCACGGCGAAGCGAACGCGGGAAGCGCGUGAACGCGGACGUCUUCGUCACCGCAUCCCAUCGCGGCAUCGGUAAUCGGCAUCGCAUCGAUCGACUCGAUCGCGAGGGUGACGGGCAAACCCAUCGUGGAGAGACCACCGAGUCGCGAACGCGAGACUCCGUAUCACCCUCGUCGCCGUUGCCUUAUCGCGCACGAUACAGCUAGUCUCCUGCCUUCGCCGCCGCUUCCUCGCGCGACUCCAGUGUCCGUAAACGCACCGCGCGAAUGUAGGUUGUGAUAUGCAAACAACCGAACGUUCCAUUCCACGGUGCCCCCGUGAUUUUUCCUGUUCCCGAUUGCCGAGUCUUUCGAUUUCCUUUUAGACAAAGGAAUGUCUGUCUGAGCGGGCUAGAAAUAAAGAAGUCCGCGGUGGACAAUGCAGCAACCCAGAGGUCAGUGUCUUUAGUGGUAGCCGUGCAGUUACGAAGCCUGUGAAAGAGUGUAUGGUGCAUUCCUUGUAUUCCGUGUCCUCUGCCAUCGCGACCGCGUGGACAGCUUCUCCUCGAGAGCCGUACCGUCGCUUUCUACCAUUGUGUGUUCCUUGAUAUUGCACCGGACUAAUGGUGACAGUGAUAAUAUGUCAUCAUAGGAUGGUCUACGUUCGACUAAGAGCUAAUGCCGAGCUUCACGGUGGAGAAAUAGGACAUGCUCGAUGAAAACAAUGCCUAAGUAGAGGAACACAUGUUCUGGGAAUUGAUGGGUAUAUGCUUUUCCUGCAGGAGACCCACCAGCGGCAGGUUGAACAGUAAAAUAUCUGAGCAUAUCUCGGCCUCCGUAACACCUCUCCAUGUUUGUCUGGAGGAACAAAGAAGACCAGAACUGGGCUCAUGUGACGCCUCACAAGCUCACAAGCCUCAGGUUAAAAGAACCUUUGAAAAUCAAAAAACAGAAGAAGAGAUUCCCGAGGAGGUGGCGGAGAGUGAUUCGAUCGAAAUCGAGACAGGAGAGUUAAGACAAAGCCAGCCGAGCAUGGCCAAUACUAUCAGCAACAUGAAGAUGACUAAUCCCAUAAAAGGACUUGUUAGCAAACGCCGCAAACGUUUCACUGAAGAUGGUUUUAAUCUUGAUCUCACAUAUAUAAAAGCGAAUCUAAUAGCUAUGGGUUUUCCUGCUGAGAAGCUGGAAGGAGUGUACAGAAAUCACAUCGAUGACGUUGUUAAGCUGCUUGAAUCGAAACAUAAAGACCAUUACAAGAUUUACAAUCUGUGUUCUGAAAGAUCGUACGACUGUAAAAAGUUUAAGCAAAGGGUGGCCACUUACGCAUUUGAAGAUCACAAUCCACCAAAACUUGAACAGAUUAAGCCUUUUUGCGAGGACGUGCAGUCAUGGCUAUCCCAAGAUAAAGACAAUGUUGCAGCAGUUCACUGCAAGGCGGGCAAAGGUCGAACGGGUGUGAUGGUAUGUUGCUAUCUACUUCACAGCAAACAGUUUCCCACUGCCACGGAAGCCCUUAAUUAUUAUGGAACUAAACGGACUCACGAUAGGAAAGGCGUAACAAUACCAUCGCAGAGAAGAUAUGUAGACUAUUAUGCAACUCUCCUUCAAGAAGGUGUCAGUUAUAAACCAGUGACAUUAUUACUACGUAAAAUACAACUGGAUCCAGCCCCUAUUUUCAACGGAGGUCAAGGCUGUUUGCAUUUUGUUAUAUCGGAAUCCAACAAAAGGAUAUUUUCUGAUGAUUACGAGGUUCGGAAAGGUACAUCCACUAUAUGCAUACCAUUACAGCACACUGUCGCUCUGACGGGAGAUAUACGGGUGGAAUUCUACAACUAUAGGCCAAAAAUGAAACGAAAGGAGAAGAUGUUUCAUUUUUGGUUUAACACAUUUUUCGUCCGUGAGAAAGCGAAUUCCGACUGCGACAAUGGCGAAUUACACGUUGAAAGGUCGGCGAGGGCAUUUAGCUGCGACGGUACGGCCAUGGAGUUACCCAUGGUUAUGUCGCAUGUGAAACCUAGAACUGGAUCAUUGGCAAGCCUCGGUCCCAUGCCGCCCACUCUUGUUUUACGGAUAGACAAGUCGGGAUUGGACAAUGCACACAAGGAUAAAAAUCACAAACUAUACAGUCCAGAUUUUAAAGUGAGUCUAUUUAUGCAUAGCGUGAGCGGAAACAUAUCGCCAGCUGUGCCAGCGACGACGAAUAGAGGUGGCGAUAGUGUGCAGCUGGGAAUGGGCGGGCAGGAGACACCGAGCGAGUCAAGCGAGGCGGACAGCAGUGAAUGUGACACCACCGGCGACGAAGACGGUUGGGAAUCCGGUGAGUCCUCUGCAUCCCUGGUGGUGAACCACCAACACCAUCCUCUUACACACAGCAGUAGCCGUACACACGUUAGCAGUCUCCGUCCGCGAUGCAGUCUCAAGGAGACCGCCAAGGGUCUGCUGUCGCGCGGCGACAAGAAUCGGAACAGUAACAGGCAGGGCGUCUCCGGUGCGAACGCGAAACGUUCCUCCGCUCCGUUCGCGCGCUCGGCCACUCUCGACACGUAGUAGCUUAACAAACGCUUUCGGUACUUAAGAACGGUCGGCGAUGCUUCGCACCGUAACGUGUUUCGCGCUCUCACGAAAUCGCGCGUCCUGCUUUUCUUACCUGUUUUUUUUUUUCUUUACGGGCGCGUAUUGGACGGCUUAGUAUGUGCAAAGCGACGAUUAGAAUUCGGAGUAAUCCGCUGUAAGAUAUUUUUGCAGUAAUCUCCGCCCGUUACGUUGCUCUUUUUCUUUUUGCACGGUCGUUCCGUUUUUUCCUCUUUCUCAUUUUCUCUCUCCUCUUUCACUUUCUCUCUUUUUCUCUCUUUCUCUUUCUCUCUCUUUCUCUUUCUCUCUCUCUCUCUCUCUCUCUCUCUCUCUCUCUCUCUCUCUCUCUCUUUUACUUUUUAUAUCGUGGGACCAUAAACUUUUUUUUUCCGCAUUGAUGAUUCAGAUGUCUUAUGAUUACAGUGCUGUUAACUGUUAGGUUGUUCUUCACGCCAAUAACGCUCGACAAUGCCAAAUUGUUAUCGUAAUUAUGCACCAAUAAUUUCAAGUAAAUUGUUUGAGCAAAUUAAUUGAUACGCCACGUAGAGGCCGAAUAGUAACAUCAGUGUAAUGUGGUUUUAAUAAGAGGAAAUGCACACUUUGGAAACGUCUGUGUGAGAGCAAACCAAUCUUUAUUAUUUUAACAUGAUAAAAUUCUAACGCGAUCUAUAGUGAGGAAGCAUAUUCUGUUUUCGUUACGAUUCAUGUCAUUUUUUUCGAAGUUUUUCGUGUUAUUAGAUAUGAGUGCAAAUGGGAUAAGCAUUUACCUGUUAAAUAACUUUUAAAACUUUUAAACACUUAAGAUAAUUAGCAUGAGGAAAAAAAACCGAGGCGAAUUAAUAUCGACAAUUUAUAAUCCAAAUACCGUUGUAGGUCAUUCAAUAGAAAAUACUUUGUACUGUGGAAACUGAUGGUAGAUAUUUUUCUUUCAAUGUUUUUUUCAAACAAAAUUACUUUAACUCGCAUAUUAGCUCAAAUAUCAAAAAUAAGGAAAAUUUAUACAGAAUCACGCAUAAAUUAAAUUCUAAUAACAUUCUGCAAUUUAAAAUAUGUUUACAUGUGAAAGUUAUGCUGUUUAAACAAAGCAAGUUUUUUUAACAAUUCAUGUAUUUUAUUGGAAUCGUGCGUAUAUUUGCGCACAAUUGAUUUCUCCGUCCAAUUAGACUUUCGGAUAAAUCAGCAAUGUCGCAAAAUGUCCAAUAAUAGUGCCUAUAACGUAAUAAUUUUUAAGAAAUAAAAAAAUAAUUUUAUUUUUAACGCGUGAAAUCACGAAGCAGCGUAGCACUUGCACUCAUUACAUUUUCUUUUGUUCCUUUCUUUAAUAUUUAUUUACUAUAUCUACAUUUUAAAUAAGAACGGAAAUAUCUAUAUAAUUUAGCGGAUUUAAUUGAUAGCGUUCUUUUUCUGUUCAGCUAAGACUUCAUUUUAAUUUCUUUAAAUAUUUUAUAUUUCUCUUUAGCAGUAAGCCGAAUGUAAAAAAAGAAAAUUAGAAAUGUAAAGUAGAUAAAAUUAAAAAUAAUUCCGUGGGCAUGUUGCUUACGGUUGAGUUGCUUAAAGUAGAAUUGCAUAGAGAACAAUCGCGAGCUUUCCCCAAAAUGUGUAAAUCACACAUAGAGUAGACAUAAAAAGGGAGAGAAGGAUAACAGAAUACGCGGUCAGGCUGCGAGCUAUCUUAAAUUUUUUGGUAUUUGUACCGUGGAAACUGAUGGUAGAUCUUUUUCUUUCAAUGUUUCUUUCAAACAAAAUUACUUCACUCGCAUAUUAGCAUAGGAAUACACGCGCGCACGAACAAUUUUCAGCUCGCGUACACAUUUCAUUCGCGUCAAAGCGUUCUAAUUUGCAUUCUAAUGAUAUUGUAUUCGCGUUUUGUGAUUUUAUAACUACAUAAUACAUAUACACAUACAUGUAUCUAUACACAAUGUACAUAUACGAACACAUAUACAUACACACAUACAUAUAGAAAUGUAUCAUGCAUGCAUAUAUACAUACACAUAUGCAUGUGUAUGUCUGCAUAUAUGUAUGUAUAUACAUAUAUGUACGAAGAAGUAUACAUAUAUGAAAAUAUCGAGAGAUUGUUACAGAAAGAUUUGCAAAUGCAAUUAAUGUAAUUGCAAUAGAUGCGUUUAAUGUAAUAGAAAUGCGUCGAGUUUAUGUACAAUCUGAAAAACAGCUAUCAAAAUAAUCAUAGUACAACUCCGGUCAACAAUUUAUUUGCUGUUAUAUUUAUAAACGCGGGAUUAAAAGCAGAGGCAAGAAAGAACGACGGUAAAAUACAGUUUUAAGAAGCGGUGUUAAAACUGAUAUUUUACUGAGAGUUUCCGGGCGAGUUUUCUUCGACACGCGAGUAAACCUUCGUUUAUUCGUUUAUCGACGACGUGGAAGUACAAAUACGUAGAAAUUAAUAUUUAUAUACGUCGUGGAAUUAAAGUAAGCCGCGAAUGCUGCUGAUUACUUGAUAGUGAUGUUUUGUACUCGACUUGUAAUAAUAUGACUUUCUCGAACGAUAACUCGGACUUUAGAUGUGAGUCCGAGACAAAGACAAAUACGGGAUUGCAGAGGCAGCAUGAAAGAAAAGGAGAGAAAAAAGGCAAAAUUUGAGUAUAGAUUUUAAAAUCGCGAAUGUUUUUCUAUCGGUUAUUUCUGUUUACUGCAUCGAGGGAGAGUUACGCGAUUUUAGAUUAAGAUACGUGACUAUCGUUGCGUAGAAUAUAUGUAUAAAAUAUGAAGAAAAAAAAACGUAUAUUAUUAGACGAUUGAAUACAUACAUACACACAUAUACAUACACAAACAUACAACAUAUUAGCUUCGGAAUCGAACGUUUGUAGUUAUUACAUAAUUAACUGUCGAGAUAUACGAUUCUUCUUUCGUUAUAAUAUCACUAGACAGAUUAAUUGUAUAUAUUAGUAAUUGUGUAAUUCGAUCAGCGAUAAUACACUACAGCAUUGUUAGUAUUACGUUAGUAGAUUUUUUUUUACAAAGCUAAGACUUGUGAGGUACGGUAUGAUAACAGCGCGUUUACCUUUCGCACGGAGUCAGACUUUAAUGAUACUUGGAAUAUCAAAGGAAAAGAAAGAAAAAAAGUGAGAAAAAAGAGUGAGAAGGGCUUAACACGUUUCUUCAUGAUUUUAAUAAGGCGAUUAUUUCUAACGGUUAGUAAAAAAAGAAAUGGACCACGUUUCGUGGAUACGCGUUUUGCUGUCUCUAAUAUAUAAUAAAUAGAAUUAUAUUUAUUACAUAAUAUUACGUAUAAAAUUGUUAGUUAAAAAAAAGAUAAAUGAUAAAGAUUUUCACGGGUGUUUUCUGUGUCCGUGUUCGUAAAAAAAAAAUAGGCGAAUUAGCUUGUGAAACGGCCAGGAAUUCGCGAGGUUCGCGAAAAAAUUUUUCGGAAAGGUGUAACCCUUCCCCCCUCCCCUCCCAUACACACUCCCGAAGCUAGAAUUAAGUGUUUAUUGCACAAUUGUGUAAAUACGUAGUCGAUUAAUUAUAUCGAUGUAUUCUCGUAAGAACUAUAAUUUUGAUUAAUUCGAUGUAACAUAUUGGGUGUGCUAGACUCGGCAAGUUUAUUUCCUAUGGUUUCUUAUGGCGUCAUUAAUUCGGAAUCGAUUUUUCCUUAUAAAAAAACAGAGAUCCUCUCGGGAAUCAAAUUUCAAAGGCUUAAAUAAAUUGUAAAACUUUAUUUAUUAUUUAUUUUUAAGUAGACUUUACGCAUCAGAUUUGUAAGUUUUGGGGACCAGUUACAAAUAUAUUUAAUAUUGGAAAUUGAAAACUCACGUGACAAAUAAUGAUCUCGCUUUUUAAAAAAUCUUGGCGAGGAAAAAUUGAUUUCAAAUAGUUUGAAGAAUCCAUAGGUAAAUGUUAAGCUAGGUCCGGAACAUUUUUACGAGGUCUAUAGACGCGGCAACAGCUUUGACGAGUCCCUCUUUGAUUUCUCUCAACACUUUUGUAGUCGUAGCAUUGAGAUUUGUAUUUGGACUUUCCGAUAAGCAUGGAUGUCGAAUGUAUUAUGACGUUGACGAAGAAACAAUUUAUUUCUUUUUUAUAUUUUCUUUUGAUAUCGCGAACGAAUAAACUAAUAUCGAAGCCCCGUUACGUUUUCUCCCCUCUGUCCCAUUCUUUCUUUUUUAUUUUAUUUUAAACUCUGUUUUCUCGUAUCAUUUUCGUUGCAUGUAAAUAAUUUAUACAAUUGCGACUACUUGAAAAUAUUGUUACAAUGUUUGAGACAUGUGUAAGAUCUGUAUAAGCAAGAUACGUCUGUUUUAAUUGUAUAAUAAUUAUUUUGUGAUACUAUUCGUAUACUUAUAUAUAUAUAUUAUCAUUAUUAGUAUCGUUGUUAUAUCAUUAUUAUUAGUACUAUUAAUAUGUUAUAUUAGAACGCUACUGCUACACACACACACACACACACACACACACACACACACACACACACACACACACACACACAAAAUACAUAUGUCGCUAUUUUCUCCAAUCAACCACGAUUCGCGAGAACGUCUUUACAAUUAUUACUUAACAUAAUUGAGAUGUUAACAAUUUUUCAUAGUCCUGCUAUGUUUACGAAUGUACUACUACGUUUACGAAUGUACUUCUGUAAUUCGAUACUUUUAAGGAUAAGAUUAUAUAUAUGCAUAUAUAUACAUUAUAUACGAGUACGUGGUACUAUACAUUUUGUAACAUUUUCUAUUUGCAGCGCCUAUUUCUGUAGAGAAACAUACAUGUUACUUUUUUCAAUUCUCUCCAAUGUUUUUUCUUUACAUUUUCAACCAUUUCUCUUUUCUCUUUCUUUUUCCUCUUCGAAAGGUUUGUUUGCGACAUCCUUAAUUGCAAUGAUAUUCUCAAUGCUUGAUGCCCUCCAACUCCUCGAGAAGAUCGAAGUGUAUUAUAAUAUACAUUCAAAGUCGGAUACACUAGAUUAAUUCUAUAAAGGCUUGCGUUUUAUCUAUUGCACUGAAUGUUCAUCCGCUUUUACAUCUAGUAGAAAUAUUACAUCUUGAUUCACAUAUCACAAUCUUGAAAAAUGACUGGCGAACAAAACUCAAUUUUUAAAUUUUGCUUGCAAAAUUUUUAUUUUCUGCAGAUUAAUAUAAUUUAAAAGUUUUUACAUUGAAUUGAAAGUUUGACUUGACAAGAGAUUACAUUGUGCUAGUUUAUAAAUUCUCUCUAAUACUCUAUUCUUUAAUUCUCUAUAUAAUCUAACAUUUAAAAUCGCGACAUUCUUCUUUCAAGUGCUCUUUACGUAUUCACUCAUUCUUAUAUUUACGUUACCCAUUAGAACACUAUCACAUUGUACAAACGAUAUUGUUUUGUAAAACAGGAAAUAUUUUGUGUCUCUACACUGCACUGUUCUCGAUUUAAUGCAUCGUUAUUGUUUCUGCAUUAAUAUGUUUAUUGCAUGUCUCGUCGGAAUGUAUACUGUUACAGGUCGCUAUCAUCAAUUUUUGUUACGUAAUAUCAGUGUAUCGUGUUGUUCGAUUUUUUAAGAACAUUAUAAUGUUUCUCAAAGUGAAGGUGAGGGUAGGAGUGACUAAUCGAUUUGAUAGACAUAAUUUUUCUUUGUCAAUCCGCACAUAAUUCAUAGAAUUAUCGCAUCGUUCGGUUGUAUUCAUUUGUACUCUUGUAUACAUGAGAGAUAAAUCUCGAGUUUUUAAUAACAGUGAAUUUCGAUAAGUUUUGCAAUCUGAGCGAAAAAAUUUGAUGAAAUCAGAGCGGAAGAAGCACUUUGCCCUCCACCGUCUCGUUCUUUAUAUGUAAAAACCGUUAACCCAUUGUGACCAUUGACUGACCGAUUGUGUCUCUCUGUAUCUGUUCACCCUUAGUGGACUUGGACCAGCGCGUCGGCCGGUAUCGUCUUCUGUCGGAUGGAGGGAUGAUAGAUCUUUUGUGAGCCCAUCGCCAAUCACCCUUAAUCAUCCUUCGACUUCAUUAAUAUUUAAUAAAUUUUCAGACACACACAUAUAUACACACACACACGACACGACAUAUACAUUGACACACGGACGCGGACGUUGUGCUGCAUGUCACGAAACAUCUUACCGCGUCGAAAAAACUCCACAUUUACGUUUAAGCUUUUGUACUUGAGUUAGUAUCCUUUUUAGGACCCGAGAGAACAAGCCAAUGUGAUUUUUUUCUAUAUAAAGAAGGAAAAGAAAAAAAGAUAUAUCGAGACUAAUCGCUUUCUUGCCGUUACGAUUCGACGUUGAUGAUGAUUUUACACGAUUUACACACGCGACAGAGAAGCGUAGAGAUUAGGCUUGCGAAUGAUUAUUGUUAAGAAUGAAUGUGGGAUAUGAGAAAGAGACAGAGAGAGAGAGAGAGAGAGAGAAGAAUGAGCGCGAGAAGAGGACCGAGUGAUUGGGAUGAAAGUAUUUAUUAUCCGUAAGAACCUAAUCAAAAUUAACGUAUUUACAGAUUUACUAACGAUGUACGGUUUAUAUUAAGCACAUUUUACUUUGGCUCUUUUCUUCUCUUUUUGUUUUUCUGUAAGCGAUACCGUUCAACUCACAUCAUUCUGCAUGGCAUACAUUUUUUUUUUCAUAUGGCAAACACAUAGACAAUUUUUGUCAUGUUCGAACAAGAAUCCAUUUUCAUUUAUUCCGAACGUUUCUGAGAAAAAGAAUAGUUUGUUGGAAAAUAUUCUACAAUUAUACGAAACGUUUCACGCGUAAGAGGAACAGCGAAUUAUGCUAUCUUAUGCACAUUGUUAUUUUAAAUACUUAUUAUAAAAAUAUGCAUACAGAUUUUUAAUCGAAUUUGUGUCGAAAAUUGUCUAUGCAUGCAAAAGCUUAGGGAAUUGGCGAAAUUUCUCUAAAUGGAAUUUUCAAUGCUAAACAUUUGUCAUAAGUGAGCUUGUAAAUUCUUGAAUACUAAAUUCGAUGACGGGCCCGUUUUCGUAACUAUUUUUGUCUAAAUGAGAAAUGAAAAAAAGAUUACUAUAGACUUCUCUAAGCAUUCAAAUAUUCGAAGGCAUUACUUCAUGAAUCUGUGCUACUUUGUGUACUACUUGUUGAACGAAGCAAAAAAAUGCGAGAAUACAGAACUUCCAAGCUCAAUAUAUUAACUUUGUACGUACUUUGUAGUUUAUCUUUCUUUUUCUUUUUGCUUGCGAACCUGUGAUUAAUAAUGAUUUUCCUGAGUUAAAAAAAAGAACAAGUAUACAGCCAAAUUUCAAAAUGACGACAAAUAUAGAAACAUUGUGUCCGUUAGGUAGAGGAAGUACGGUCGAAAACAAAUAAACGGGCUAUAUAUACAUAUAUGGCGUAGCGGAAGUGCAUGUUUAUAUGAACUAUAUAUAUAUGGACUGAGAUGGAAGAAAAGAAAAUGAGAAAAUAAUGCUGUAAAAAAACGAAUAUUUUCAUAAGAAUAAAUAUCGUAAGUCAAUAAUAAUAACGUCUAGAGAGAAUAUUGUAUGGAAUGCAAUCGCCAUCGUGAUUUCUUCGCAGAGAGAUUCUCAUCCGUAUAUAUCCUUGCGAGUCUCUCGCGAUUCGUACGCUUGCAACAAUCGAGCAAGAUUCGCAGGGGAUUUGUUGUGCUGAUAGAGCUCAAUAUUGACUGGUGUAUAACGCGCGUUUAAGAGAUCGAAAAUCUUUGAUUUUCAUUAACGCAGGAUGCUCCAAAUUCAUCGCACUUCAUUUGUGAUUGCUCCGGCGAAUUUAGGCUCGAUCUUUACUCAGAAAAAAGUUUAAGAGUAAGUAAAAUAAUGUUUCUUUAAAAUCAGCUUAGAAAUAAUUUUAUCGUUCAUUCUUCUCUCGAGGAUUAAUUUGUCGCAAUUACUUUUUAAUAAUUAUAUAUUUUUUUAAAUUCGUAUUAAACAAGACAUUCUAAAUUUGGGAACUUGUAGUUGAGAGAAUCGUGAUAUUUUAAAGAUAUUCUGUACAUUUUCAUGAAAUAAAAAAAUAGAAAAGCACAUUAUUUUACUUAACAUCUUUCGAUUGUUAUAGAAGGGUAAAAGGUGAUCGAUUUCUCGAAUUCUCUCCUCAUUUUGUGUGCGAUAUCCUUUUGACGUAAAUUUACAGCACGGAUUUGUCGUGCGCAAAAAGUGUACAAAGAGAAAAAAAAAAAUAUAUAUAUAUUCAUUAUCCUUCAAAUAUUCUUUCCACUUAAUAUUCAGCACUAAUUCAGCAUACGAAAGUGCUUAAUAAGUAUGUAGAUAUGUGCAAAGAUUUCCCAUCGUUGGAUUCUUCGUGGAUGUCUUUGCGCGUAUAAUAAGUUCAUACAGAAAGCUUACGCCGCCAUCCUGAACUUCUUUCCGGUGCGAUCCUUGGUUCGUUGCAUUAUUUUGUGUUGCAUCGAUAGAUGCAAUUCUAAUAACGCGCGUACAGUUAGGACUAUAUUCUAACAUACUAUGAAACACACUGCGAAACCACCUGCCAUGUCUCAGAAAAAAAUGUUACUACACCCCUUUACGAAUGCUGACUUUAAUAAAGUCUUCUUCUGAGAAUUAUGUGUACGUGUGCGUGUAUGUGAGGUAUAUAUCUGGCAUCUUUCACAUCUUUUAUAUAUAUUAUAUUAAGUAAAACAAAAUACAUAUAUUUUACACAUACAAAUACACACACACACACACAUCUGUCCAGAUUCGUGGUAUACAUUUAAAAACCGCGACUCGUUGCAUAAUCUCCGAAGGACAUCGUUCGCGGGCGAACGCAAUCGGCAAACGCUCGACAAUAUAGUUGACUUUUUCGAUUAAUAAAAUGUACAGACCAAUCUCUCUCUUACGACCAUUGUCAGGGAAAAUGUUGUUUGCACGGUUAUUUACUGUAAGUACGUAAGUACUGUAAGUACAGUAAACGGUAAUUCAUUGUAAGUUUUUCACAUGACAUGUUUUAUAUUCUUCUUCUUUUACAAAUAUGUGAAUUUAUAGAAAGGUGAUUACGGCAGAGUUAAUGUAAUUUAAUUUUUGUUCUUGAACUGUUUAAUUUAUAACGAUUGAUCGAUUAUUUUCUAAAUUAUUUUCAGCGAUAUUUAAGAUAACCAAUGUUAUCAUGCAACUUGGACAUGUUCUUCAAACAUAAUAUAUUUGUUCUCUUGCAACAAUGACAUUGAUUAUUUUGAUUCCAAUGUCGAUGAAUAUAUUAAUUAUUAAUUAGUAUUUGUGACAAAAUGUUAUUGAAUUUUAAAGAUGUUAAUAAUCAUAUAAUAUUCAGUUAAUUAUCAGUAAAUUUCCACUGAUAUAGAUCUUUCGCUAAUUUCGAAGGUUCUCGGAUUUUUCCUUGGAGCAGCCUUUCGUAAAACGAUGACGCCAAUGUUCCUACACGUAGCAUAAAACAAAACUGUAAAUCAAAAGCUGCGAUUUAAUCGAGUCGUUACGAUUCUAACAGGGUGGUCCAUUAGAAAUGUAAUAUACCCGUAAACAUAAUAUAAUAUACUUUAUAUAUAAACACAAUAUACUUUGGAUUUGAAGACACAAAUGGAAAUGUCCAGGACAAAGAGCCUUCCGCGCUACCAUUUCUUCAAAAUAAAAAUUAAUAUUUGCGACAAUAAUAAAAUACAUUGUCGUAAAAGUUUUUUUAUUACUGCUUUAUAAACGUCUAGAUUUCUCAUUUAAGCUCACGUCCAUAUUUCUGAUAUCAUUCGGAUGAAAAAAUUGCGAAAAGUUUUCUUGUAUUCUAAACUCCUUAGAUUUUAUCUUCGACAUUCUUUCGGUGCAUUUUCGAAUGGAAGUACCUAGAUAUAGUUUUUCUAAGGGACCACUCACGUCAGUCAAUCAUCAUUAUUUAUUAAUCGAAAAACGAAACACAUUUGAAAGAAUUCAUUUUCAUUGCGAAACACAAGGAGGGAAUAAAUGAGAAUUGAAAUAUCUCCCGUUUGUGCCAUUGAUAGCGAAGCCGACGAGGAGAGAAUCAACGAAGCCAUUUUUUUUCAACAUAACAAACCAAUUUCGUUGUACAAAAGUGCGUGUGAGAAAAACAGGGCGUUCCGAUUACCUUGCUAUAUACCUGCGUACCAGUGAUUGUUGCGUUUAAAUAAAUCUAAAGAGCGAACUCUCAAUACUCGUGCAAAGCGAGGAAAACCCAAGUUUUCCCUUCCGUUGAUCGGCAUACACAUGCGAGUCGCGAUAAAAGCGGCGCGAGAAACUUAUUUUUAACACUGGCGAACGAUUUAGGACCGAUAUUAAAUCUAAAACAGCAUGUGAAUUUUAUACGCGGUAUAUUAACAAUCGAUUUUUAUUAUUUCUACUGUUGCACGUAUGAUGAACUUUAUGACGAUUGCCACAAAAUUAACAUUAUUGUCGAUUUAUGACCUAGAUUAAAAGGCGGUCCAGAAAAAGAAUAACAUAAUAGUGAUGUAAUUUUUGAAUUAAUCAGAAUUUGAAGCUAGAAAUUUCUUAUUGUAUCUCGUAUAGUGGAGAUUAAAUUAUUAUAUAUGAAUUUUAUAAAGAAAAAUUUUUUACAUUUUAUUAAUCAAAAGAUGUUAGAACUUGCUGUCUACUUAAAAUUUUAUAUAUAAUACAUUAAACACUCUAAUUUACGCACAUAUACUUUUAAAAAAUUGUAUAAAAGCCAUUAAUGUUAAGUUACAAUUUUCUAUAUUUUUUUAUGAGACAAUUUGCUUACCUACAUUUAAAUUAAAAUAGUCGCUUUAUUUUCAAAGAGUACAUUUCUUUUCCUAAUCUCCAAUUUUUUUGGAUCGCCUUGUAUAACAAUUCAUAAACGCGACGGACAAAUUUUUUUUUAUUUCGUUACACGAAUGUGUCUACUCGACACUCGAUCUUUUUUCAUCUACACGAAAAAAAAUGUAUUUUUGUACUUUUUCCUUAUUGUUAAAUUGGAUGCAGGUAUGUAUGCCGUACCUCUCGAUGCGUAUAAGUAUAUAGGAUCUCAUAUUAUAUUAUAUAUGAAUAUUAAUUAACGAUUACGCGCGAUUACUCAUCACUUAUCAUUUAGAGUGAAACAAAAUAUGGAUUAGAGAUCGAUUUAGAGCGCGCGGAGCGAUCCGAUAAUAAGGUAUGUUUAAUUCGCCGAUUUUUUAUAUCGCACCAGUCUCGGUGUCGACGAGAGUAAAAAUUUUGUCAUAAAAUUGUGAAUAUAUACAUACGUUAGUUACUGACAAAUAAAUGUUACACGAUGCAGUUUGUGUAAGAA